UCAACUGAUAAGAUGAUGCAGAAAACCGACAACUCCUUUUCAGGAGGGAUACUUAUAGCCGCAACAGAUCAAACUAAACUCAGUUGCAUCCCCCCAUUGCAAAAUGCAUCUCCUUACUCUGAUCUUUGGGACUGUGCUUCUCUCUGAAGCCUACAGCCUGACUUGUCAUAAGUGUUUACCAGGAAACACAGCAACAUGCACGUUAAAAGUAUGUCCUUCAGUGGGUUAUAAGUGUAGUGCGCUAAGAAUCACUUCAUAUGCAGGUGGUUCAAAACUUUCUGAUAUCCACAUGAAAACUUGUCUUUUGAAUGAAGACUGUGCUCAGAGCUCAGUCAACUUUGGACUUACCAGAAAUAUGAUUACCAGCAAGUGUUGCAACGACAAUCUCUGCAACACCGAAACUGCUCCUGAGCCCAGCGAAUCUGAACCCAAUGGAAAAAAGUGCUUUCACUGCAAUGGAAAGGUGUGCACUGCAACUGUAAACUGCUUGGGGAAUGAGGACCACUGCAUCUCAAAAACAGUGAAUGUAGGAGGUGAAACGAUAAUCACAAAGGGCUGUGCCUCCAAGCAGAUCUGCUCAAAUACGAAAAAUACACAGUUUAAAGCAGUCAUUGGAGGAGACAUUAGCUGCUGCGAGGGUGACUACUGCAACAGCGCCAGCAGCACAACUGGCUGCUCCUGCUCUGGUGACAACCACUGAUCUCUCUGCAUGCGUUCUCUAACUGGUGGAGACGGCAGCAUUGCAGCUUAUUUUUUCUUAUCUUCACAUAGCCUCAUAGUGCUCACACCCUUUUCCUUAUCCUUUCAACCGAUGAGUGAGAGAGUAGAACGUUUUGCAAGUUUAGUGUAAAAAUAGAAUUUAGUAAAGUUAUAAUUUCCCUUUGUUUCCUGCCUUAUACAGUUUGUAACUGGCUUAUUUAUUAUUAUUAUUAUUAUUAUUAUUAUUAUUAUUUGCAUGUUGCCUAUAAAGAUAAGAGCAAAGGUCUUGCAUAGAAUAAUUGCUAUCUGUUUUUUUGAAGAAUGUAAAAAACACGUUGAUGCGCAAUUUUUCAUCUGUGUGCUAAUAUUAACCUGAAACCUGAAAUAUUUUGAUGUUACUGAUGAAAAGCAAAAUAAAUAAAUUUCUUACAAUUCUU